GCCAGGGCCCGCCCCCCGAGUGUCGGCCCCGCCCCCGCAGAGGGGAGAGAGCGCUCGCGGGCCGGGGCGGAGGGUUGGCUGCGCGGCGGGGCUGAGGCGGCCGCCGGGCCCAAGCGCAGGGAGCGGAGCUUGGUUUCGGGAUCUCGGUGCUGCAGACGGCGAGACCUCCUGCACAGGGUGUACAGCAAGCCGUGAUUCCUGGGGAAACUAAAAAAGCUCUCUGGACAACGAGGCCCAGAGCUAAUGGCAGACAAUGUCAGCCACUAACAACAUAGCCCAGGCCCGGAAGCUGGUGGAACAGCUACGCAUUGAAGCUGGGAUUGAGCGUAUCAAGGUCUCCAAAGCGGCGUCUGACCUCAUGAGCUACUGUGAGCAACACGCCCGGAACGACCCCCUGCUGGUCGGAGUCCCUGCCUCUGAGAACCCCUUUAAGGACAAGAAACCUUGUAUUAUUUUAUAACUGUGUUCUCAUAUGUUUUCUCUCUCUCUCUCUCUCUCUCUCUCUGUCUCAGGCAGGACAUCAUUCAUUAAUUAGCUCAAACAAAACAUCUCAAGUCCCCAAAACCUUUAAUUCGAAAAGAAAUCCCCCCUCCCCCCCUAAAAAAAGGCGUUCCCACCGCCCGGAUGGGGUAGAAUGGACCUUGUAGGUGUAGAUGGAUCUUCAGGUCCAACCCCAUGGCCCCCUCAGUUUGGGCCAAAAGGGAUGGAGGCUUUACGGCCACUUCCCGUUCGGAAUAACUGAAAUCCCCCAGCGAUGGGGUAACAAUUUUUUAAAAUUCUCAAUUGCCAUUUGGACUCUGGACCGGCGCCAAGGGGGAAAGGGAGGUGACUUCGCCCGGUGGCAAUAGUUCCGGGAGAGUUGGUCAUUGGUAAAGACUUCACAUUCCUAGGGUCACUGGAAGGCUUUGUGUUGUUUUAAGUAGAGGUAAAAUUGAGGUGUGGGGGUGGGGAGGUGACGUCAUGAAGUCUUUUGGAAAUAUCUCUCCAUUUAAAAAAUUGUUACUCCAUACGGCUAAACUCGGAUUGUGAUGGUUGAACCCGUCGCUAAACUGCACCAUCAUGCAAUAAAUGCACGAUGGAGUGUGGGGGUUGGGAGGGGGCUUUGUCUAUGAAAAGUUGCCAAGUAUGACUCCCCUGCGUGAUGUUCGCCAUGGGUCCUUUCUGCAGGGUCCCCUCUGUGCCAGGAACGGGUUUUCAGGACUUGCCCCAGGGGAGCCGACACCGGCCCGGCCCAUCAUGUUUUUGGAUUUUUUUCUUUUUCUUUUUUUUUUUUUUUUUUUUUUUUUGAGACGGAGUCUCGCUCUGUCACCCAGGCUGGAGUGCAGUGGCGCGAUCUCGGCUCACUGCAAGCUCCGCCUCCCGGAUUCACGCCAUUCUCCUGCCUCAGCCUCUCCGAGUAGCUGGGACUACAGGCGCCCGCCACCACGCCCGGCUAAUUUUUUGUAUUUUUAGUAGAGACGGGGUUUCACCGUGGUCUCGAUUUCCUGACCUCGUGAUCCGCCUGCCUCGGCCUCCCAAAGUGCUUCUUUUUCUUUUUUUGAGACAGAGUUUCGUUCUUGUUGCCCAGACUGGAGUGCAGUGGCGUGAUCUCAACUCACCGCAACCUCCGCCUCCCCGGUUCAAGCGAUUCUCCUGCCUCAGCCUCCCGAGUAGCUGAGACUACAGGCGUGCGCCACCACGCCCCGCUAAUUUUUGUAUUUUUAGUAGAGACGGGGUUUCACCGUAUUGGCCAGGUCGCUCUCAAACUCCUGACCUCGUGAUCCGCCCACCUCGGCCUCCCAAAGUGCUGGGAUUACAGGCGUCAGCCACCGCGCCCAGCGUGUUUUAAGCACGAGGCAUCCGUGUGGCUGGGAGAGGCUUUGACCGUCCUUGGCUCUUCCAGGUUGUCCUACCCUCUGACGUCCACCAGAGACAUUUUUCAAACAGAAAUGCAGGCUGGGGAACCGCGGCAGGGCGGGUGGGGCUACCCUGUGCUGCUGUGUGUACAAAAUUGUUCCAUGACCUUGGAGUGACUUUGAAGGACUCUGGGAGGUGAGACGUUGUCCCGGAGAUCGAAACAUCCGCUCAAAACGUUACCCUGUUGCUCGAACCCGAUCUUUUUGCUUUUCCACCCCGUGCAACCCAGGACGGCUGUCUGAGGCCCAGAGAUGCCUUAGACGCAGGAUGGGCCACUCCUUCCAGCGGCAAGUGGAAAUCGAAGAUGUCAUGGGGUCGGGGGGAGGCUUCUGAAAGAUGACUGUGUCCUCCUCUGCGGCACGGACGGGAGCAGGUGCAGCCACAUCCUCCAGGGCCUGCCGGCAUCACCUGUGGCCACACCUGAGAUGGGUCCUGAGCAGCCGGGACCCCACGCAGCCCUGAUCGCAGGAGGCCUGGCCGCCCCGACCCCCUCCACGGGGCUGGCCUAGAAGCAAGUAGUAGAAAAAAGCUAGCCUAGUCCUGUCCCUCCGGCCCCAGUGGAGACGGGCAUCUAAGAACCCGUGCCGAGAGGGUUCCUGGACGGCUGCCCGGGUCCUCCGUGCAGGCCCAUGAGGCAGGCAUCCCUGCUCAGUUCACUUCCUGGGGUGACCGCCAGGGUUCCCACCUCGCCAAAGCUAGAGGGCUCCGUGCGUGUGCAGGUGUGGGGGGAGUGACCUCCACUCCUCAACCUCGGGCAGCUCCCACAGGCCACAGCCGGGCUCCUCACCCCAGGCACCCAGCUCUCUACGGCAGGUCCGGGAGGGCUGGGGCUUCGGGGAGCCCUCCCCACCAAACCCGCUGUUGGCCCAGGAGAGCCCCUGAGGCUCCUGGAGACUGCAGCCUCCUGUGGUUGGGCUGGGAGCUGGCGGGGUUUGGGGUGUGGGCGUCCCCACCACCCAUAGCAGGAAUGGCAGGAAGGGACAAAAGCCUGUUCCAGGGACCCUGGGAGGACCCCAGGCACGGAAACCCUGCCUGCCUCCACCCUUUCCAACGAGCCAUGUUGGUAACUGGGAACAAACACACCCCACCCCGUUUUUCCUUAAAAGAGGCCUUAAUCCCCGAACUCCCGCUGCCAGGGCACAGGGAGGAGGGGGCACAGCUGUGCCAAGCCCGGCCCCACUGGUGUGUCCUCACGAUGUGACCCCAGAAAUGCCAGCGGGGAACAGAGGCCGCUGCAGAGACACAGCCCCAGGCAGCCGGGCCUCCUAGGCUGGUGGAGACGGUGGGGUUAAACCCCGGCUUCCAGGGACACUUAGCUCCAAAGGCCCUAAAGCCACGUCCUCCCGCCCCACAGACGGGAUCCUGCACAGAAGUCAGAGAGCCUGGGGUCUGCGCGUUCUAGGUAAACUGAGGCUCGGGGAGGGGAAGGACAGGCUGGCCUCUCCUUCACCGUCCACAGGGCCUUGGGUUCCCUGAGCUGUCCAGACCCCACCAUCUCCAGGACCCCAGGGAGGUGGCCAUUACCAGAAGCCUGUGAGUUUCUUUCUAGCUUGGGGGGAUAAAAAAAAUUCUCCACUUUUUUUUCUUUUAGAGUAGACCUCAGUGACCACACUGCAGAAAAUACCUUUGCAGAUGCAGCACCCGAGAGCACACACCAACCGCCUCGUGUUCUUUUCUGCCGGGAAUCCCUGGGGUGAACGAAUGUUUUCUGGGCGUUUCCAGGAGCGUGCGUGCACCUCCAGAUGGGGAGCUGGGGGCGGGGGUAGCAGCAGCAGCUCUAGCCUUGGGGAGACGAGCCUCUCUCAGCCACCCCACGGGACAAGAGAGUUAAGGACACUUACCCCCACCCACGCACACACAGAAGGCAGCGUCAAGUGGGAGAGAGAAGGCCCUUUCUCCUUCUGUAGCCUGGGUCUCCAAUGGGCCUUCCCCGGUGCUGAGCAAGACACCAGUUGCCGGGUGGAGGGCCACAGCGGGCCAGCCCCGACCCUGUCGUGACCCACCUGGGCACCUUCCCAGACCAGCUCCGCCCCCCCUGCCCUCCUGUCUCCAGGAAGGAGGCAGAACAUGCACCCCUCUCCCACCCUCCCCAGGGGUAACCCCAGGCCAAGCACAGAUAGCUCAGCUGUGACCUCUGGCCUCUGGGGACAUAUACGGGGCGGCUGGGCCAGGGCGGAAGGUGCUCCUCUUUCCCUCCUUCUGCGUGCUAACUUUGACCGGCGGGCCACCGUGUCCGAGGCGCAAUGCUAGGCCUCCAGGCCACGCAUCCAUCUCCAAGUUAACAGCCCCUGUCCUGCCCAAGCUCUGGGGCAGGUAGGAGACGGCCAUCACACACCUGCCCGUGCGUGAGUGACCCGGGAGGGGGCUUCCGGGCACAGGUGGAGCCACCACGCCUUUCCUCAAGGGGUCACUUAUUAAAAAGUCCACGGCCUGAGGCCCGGCCCUCUGCACAGAAGCCAUAUGCCGGCCAGCCGCGCCUCCUCCUCUGUCCACGGAACCAUUGCCAAUCUAAUCUUUCUAAAGACCUGUCUCCUGUUUCCAGCCGCCGCCUGUGGUUCUAGCAGGUUCUAUGCCAUCUGCAUUGGGUUGUCUGGUUGUUUUUAUUUCUGACUUUUUUAAAAUUCCAGGUGUGCCGCACCCACUUUCUCGCAGUGUUUUAAUAUUGUGUGGAGUUGUUGAUACAACGUGAAUUCAUACACAAUAAAAAGCGUCACUCUCCCUUUU